CCCAACGCAGGAGGACUUGUUGGUGUGUUGAGUCAGUUGCGUCGCAGCGCUUGGCGCAGCAUUACCAUCAUGAGUGCCGCGGUCGACCCCGCGCCGCUUCUACUCGCGUGCUCGCUGCUCAUCGCCCUCUGCUUCACCCCGCACGUCCGAGGAGGCUCGUGCUGGACGAUGGUGAAUCACUCGGGCAGGUGCAUGGAGAGGUUAUCGGACAGGGUGACCGUCGAGGAGUGCUGCAGCUCUCCAGGGAUGAGUCACCUGGUUGCCUACAUCAACGAGGAGAUGGACGCAGGGACCAUUUUCUUCUGGCGCGCCCUCGGCGGCGGCGUGCCCUGCGCAGCCUGCAAAGACAGCUGCGUGGACGUGGAGUGCGGGCCGGAGAUGAAGUGCGCGAUGCGGAACGGGCGGCCCAAGUGCGUGUGCGAGCCCGAGUGCCGCGCCGUGGGCCGGCACCAACGCGGCCCGGUGUGCGGCUCGGACGGCCGCUCGUACCGCAACGUGUGCCGCCUGCGGAAAAGGGCGUGUCGCCAGAAGAGCGCCGUGCAGCUGGCCGUCGCCUACCAAGGACAAUGCCAAGAUUCGUGCGAGAAAGUGCGGUGCGCGGAGAACAAGCAGUGCGUGGUGGACCAGAACCGGAUCCCGCACUGCGUCCGGUGCACCCGCAAGUGUCCCAAGGUGGCCGGCAUGCGCAAACACGUGUGCGGCGUCGACGGCCACACGUACCAGAGCGCGUGCCACAUACGUGAGGCUGCGUGCCGCAAGGGCAAGGCCGUCCCCAUCGCCUACCGAGGACGCUGCAAACCCGCAGCGACUUGCAAGAACAUUAAGUGCCGCGAGCGUCAGGCGUGCCUGGUGGAGCCGGCCUCGGGGCAGCCGCGGUGCGUGACCUGCGGGCUGCGGUGCAAGGCGGACAACAGCGCGCCCGGCGUCGUCAACCUGGUCACCGGCGCCGGAGGACUCGCGGGGCCCAUUUGCGGCUCCAACAACCACACCUACAAGACCUGGUGCCACAUGAUGCAGGACGCGUGCGCCACCGGCUACGUCAUCGACACCAAGCACCCUGGAAACUGCACCGCACCUCCCCUCUACUCAGCCAAGAACUCGUCGAUUUCCAACUCACUGCUCAUUUCGCGAGACAGGCACGCUGCUCCAUCGUAGUUUGACGCUAGCAAAAGGAAUCGAGUCCAAUCGGACGAUUUUUCUCAGUUUUGAUUAAAUUUAAAUUCGGUUUUGUUUGGGAUUGAAAUUUGAUUUUGAGGACGAUUGAACACUAACCGAGAUUCGCAGCAAACUGCCCGAGUAUUUUAACGUGUAAUCAAUCAAUUGUUAUUCAUAUUAUGAAUUUGUUAUCAUUUUUGACCUAAAAAGGCUGAUGUUGAAUGGUUUUAACUGUAUAGAGACGCACAUUAUAUGGAAAGCGUGACGCGCCGUCAAUUAUUUUUUAAUGUUAGUCUUUUGCAAACCAAAUGGCCGUAGUAAUCAGCAUUCACCCCCUUCCGUUUUAAAAGUAAGAUUAGUAUUUUUCCUAAAAACGCGGCACGAAAUUUUUUGAUAUAAUUAUACACUCGUCUAGAUGCGUUUUUUAAUUGACAAUUAAUUUUUAUAACUCGAGCUAUAUUUUCACAAAUCGAGAAGAGAUCGAACAUGUUCAAAUUAACAAUUUAAUUAUUAAGUUUUUAAUUAAAUGAUAAAUAUAAUAUACAAACAUUGAUUAUUAUUUACGGGUCCAGAAAGUGUGAAUAAACUUAAUUAUUAAUUGUGUCAUUGAUUGUAAGGUUCGACGCAUAUGGCUCAUUUUCACUGCUUUUCUGUUAUUUAAAAUUUCGACUCACCAUAAAAAAAUUCAGUCGUUUUUUAAUUAUGUUUUGUGCCAUAACAAAAUCUUUGAAGAGUUGCAAAAAUUUUCUUUAAAGACCCACUCCGGUCAUUCAUAUCGCUUUUUGUUCUGAAAGAUUGCUAAAUUUUCAGUAUAACUUUUGAAAACACUGUGAAAAUUCCAAACCGUCUCAAUCAAAAGAAAACAGGCGAAAAACAUGCGAGAAUUGAGUUGCCAAUCAUAUGCAUUAGUUAUGUCCAAAAACUGCAGGAUUUGGUCACAUUGGCGCUGCGAUCGCUGAUUUUGCCAAGUUUUCUGCACAGCGCCGUGGGGCUCGAGUGGCAAAAUCAGCGAUCGCAGCGCCACAAGUGACAAAAACUUGCAGUUCUUUGACAAAACUGACGUUUUUCGCGCGAAUCACUCGUAUUAGGUUUUCUUUUGAGAUUGCGAAGCAACGGUUUGGAAUUUUCAGUGUUUUCACAAGAUAUACUCGAAAUUUAGCAAUCUUUCAGAAUAAAGAGCAGUAAAAAUGAUCAGAGUAGGUCUUUAAGGGUAAAUUUUAAUUAACCUCUGUUUCAAGUGUAAAUAAAAAUAGAGAACAAAACAAGAGAAUAAAUAUUAUAUACUUAACUAGUGCAAAUUGUGAUAGCUUUGUAGCGUAUAACACAAAAUUAAGGAGAAUCAUCACAAUUUUUUUUUGUUCCAAAA